CUGGUAGAGAUUGAAAUCGCUUCCUCUCUCUCUCUCUUUCUCUCUUGUCUAUAGAUGGAAACGUGGGUUGCAGCUACGAUUUCAAUUUGGAUAAUAGUUGGGGUAUGGUUACUGGUAUGGGGAUGGAGAGUUGUGGACUGGAUCUGGGUGAGGCCAAAGAAAUUAGAGAAGUACUUGAGAGAUCAAGGCCUCGCCGGAAAUUCUUACCGGAUUCUCGUCGGAGACUGGAAGGACAUGUCGGCGAUGCAGAAACAGGCCAUGUCCAAGCCCAUGAACUUCUCCAAUGAUAUUGCUCCACGCAUCGUCCCUUUCCUUCAUCGAACCAUCCAAAUUUACGGAAAAAAUUCAUUUACGUGGAACGGCCCCAUUCCAAGUGUGCUGACGAUGGAGCCAGAACAAGUUAAAACAGCAUUUAUGCAAGUGGAUGAUUUCCGAAAGCCAAAGAUGGACCAUCUUAUUAAGUUGAUUGCUGAUGGACUUGUAAACCAUGAAGGACCAAAAUGGGAGAAACACAGAAAAAUAAUCAACCCUGCAUUUCAUUUGGAAAAGUUGAAGGAUAUGGUACCAGCAUUCUAUCAAUGUUGUGACGAGAUGGUUAAUAAAUGGGAGAGAAUGGUCUCUAAAGAGGGACAGUGCGAGUUGGAUGUAAUACCUUAUCUACAAACUAUGACUGUCGAUGCCAUUUCUCGAACAACAUUUGGGAGUAGCUAUGAAAAAGGAAAAAAGAUCUUCGAACUUCAAAAACAACUAAAUUUUUCGGUGAUUAAAUAUUUGUCAAUGAUGACCAAUCCAAUAUGGAGGUUUUUACCCACCAAGUCAAAAAAUAAAAUGAAAAAGAUGGGUAAAGAGAUUAAAAGUUUGAUAUUGGGUAUUAUAAAUGAAAGACAGAAGGCUAUGGAGGCAGGUGAAGCUGCAUACAGUGAUCUAUUAGGCAUACUGAUGGAAUCUAAUCUCAACGAAAUUCGACAACAUGGAAAUAACAAAAAUGUUGGAAUGAGUAUAGAAGAUGUUAUCGAAGAAUGCAAGCUUUUCUAUCUUGCUGGCCAAGAAACUACAGCUACAUUACUAAUUUGGACUAUGAUUUUAUUGAGUUCAUACUCAGAAUGGCAAGAAAGAGCAAGAGCAGAGGUUCGAGAAGUCUUUGAUAACAGAAAGCCAGAUUAUAACGGUUUAAGUCGUCUAAAAAUUGUAACUAUGAUUUUAAACGAAGUUCUUAGGUUAUACCCACCGGUAAGUGUGCUUGAUCGUGUCGUUGAAAAGGAAAUGAAGCUUGGAAAUUUGUCUUUACCAGCGGGAGUGAUAUUGAGGUUACCAAUCAUUUUCAUCCAUCAUGAUCGUGAGCUAUGGGGUGAAGAUGCACUUGAAUUCAAUCCACAAAGAUUUUUUGAUGGAGUUUCUAAAGCAACAAAAAAUCAAACCAUUUUUAUCCCAUUUGGUUUGGGUCCUCGAACAUGCCUCGGACAAAACUUCGCCAUGAUUGAGGCAAAAAUGGCACUGUCAACAAUUCUACAGCAGUUCUCAUUCCAGCUUUCUCCAUCAUAUACUCAUGCUCCCUUCGUAACUAUAACAACCCAACCUCAACAUGGAGCUCAUAUCAUCCUCCACAAACUCAACUAAGUUACUUAAACAAAUCAAAAGUUGUGAAAUUAAGUACUUUGUUGUAUAUAAUUUCAGUUAUUUUUAGUAAAAGAUAUAUACACAAAUGAACAUAAUGCUCCGGGAUUAUUUUGUUCACGAGCUUGCUUGGAUUUGUUAAGUCGAGUUUGUGUAUUAUAUUGUGCAUAAAAUAGGUUUGCUAAGUUUAUAUGUUUGUUAAA